AUGGGGGAGGCCUGCUCAGCCGUGGGGUGCACCCCUUCUAGAACACGCUGUUCAGAACUUCUAGAACCCAGGCCGCGCCCAGCCUGGCCACCGCCUCAGCUGGUGUCGCUCUUCUGCCUUUUGAAAGCCUUCCUGAAGGGCAGCCCUGGAGCCUUCGUUGUCCCCAGGGGCCGUGUCCACGGCCUGCCCACGACCUCCGGGGGCAAGCGCUUCCAGCUCUGGGCGCUGGGACUCUUCUGCACCGAGCGCCACCUGGCCCAGCGCCUUAAGCACGACAGCUUCUACCCGUUUACCCAGCAGCAGCCCAAUGUCUUCGUGCUGGAGUACUACCUGGACACGCUGUGGAAGGGCGCUCUGCUCUUCGUCGCCUGCCUCGUCCUCGUCAGCUUCGGCCUCGUGAGCCAGGUGCUGAAGCAGGAGACGUGGGGCUUCCCCGCGUGCGGCGUGGUCGUUGGCCUGUGGCUCCUGAUCUCGUCCCUGCCGCGGCGCCGCCUGGUGCUGAACCACACGCGCGGCACGUACCACUUCUCCAUCCAGGGCCGCACCGUGUGCCAGGGGCCCAUGCACCUGGUCUACGUGCGCCUGGCGCUCAGCUCCGACGCCUACGGAAGGUGCUUCUUUCAGUUGGUUCUGUGCGGCCACCAGCUCGAGCCGCUGGUGCUGGUGCAGCUGUCAGAGCGUUACCAGCAGAUGGAAUACCUGGGCCGUCACAUUGCCCGGAAGCUCAACAUUAACUACUUUGACUGCUUGGCCACUUCGUACCGGCACGUGGUCCGCCACUGGCCGCUGGGGGCCACGUUCAGCCCCGGCAUCCUGCAGCGCAAGCCGGGCACCUAUAAGAGACGGAGCUUUCAGUCCUACCUGGACGUGUGACGCCACAGGCAACCCCGAGACCACACUCUCCCUUCCCGGCCAGUCUCUCCCCUUCACCCCACCGCUAGUCUCCUCCUCAGUAAAGCCAUCUCUUGCUUCCAGACAAGUGUUUCCUCCGUGGGGGGUGUAGGGUGGGGGACACCCGCUCCAGGGUCUCCCCUGGUGCACACCUCUCAGGACCUCAGGGAGCUUGCCAGGGAGCAAAUCUUGGAGUUGGGUUGGAAGACUGGGGGUGGGGGUGGAAGCAGGGUGAGUCCGGGCUGGUAGCCCCUCCAGGCAUCUGGACUCCUCAGGGGCAGGACAGGCUGCCUGUCGCACGGUCAGCAGCCCUUCCCUGUCCUUCUGGCCUUGGAAGUGUGGACCAAUGAGCCGCAUCUAGCAGUCAGAAUUGGGUCAGUCUGAGUCACUUCCUAGUCCAGUCAGCAGUGGGAUGGGGCACAGCCACAGGACCAGCCUUGUGCCUGGGGGUACGUCUUAGACUAGACCGUCCCCGGAGUCGCUGCUGCAGAGCCCUAGGCCAGGGUUCAAGGCCUGCUGGAACUCCAGCCCCAUGUUGCCUUGUCCAGUGGGCAUUCCCACCACCUGGGAGCCGCUACUGGAGCAGAGGGCAGUGGGCCACUGGGGACUCAGGAGGAGGGGCAACUGGCACUGUCCACGUAGCUAUCCUGGCCAACAUCUUUCCUCAGGGCCAUGCUGGUGACCCAGGUCAUUGGGCUUUGUGUCCAUGAUGUCCCUGGGACCAGAACCAGCUGCAUAAUUGGCAGAGCCCCAAGUAAAAUGAGAACACAGAGCCUCUUGAUAAAAAGUUAUUAAGUGUCCAGAAGGGGGUGCCUGUGUGGCUCAGUGGGUUUGGCUCCCCUUGUGAUCCUGGGACUGGGACUGAGCCAAGCAUCAGCCUCCCUGCUCAGCGGGGAGCCUGCUCCCCCCCCAG